AUGAACAGUGGAAAGAGCAGCACCUUAUGCUCUCCUCAUGACGAGCCUGUGGUCCAAGAAAAGAUCAGCUAUCUGCGGCAAGCAGGCAGUCCGGAGGGUCAGCUCAUCGACGCCAUCUGGGCCGAGGACAUUGAUCGGUGCCGUCAAGUGCUCGAAACACACCCGAAUCUCGUAAACGAUGAUUUAUACCACCGUACCAAGGAAGCUUUCCACCGUGGCGGCGUGGCAGACGACUACGAGGCCAUCCGUGGCCGGCUCACACAUCCCCUGGCUUUGGUGCUGGAGCUGCCCAGCUUCAAAGAAGGGAACCGUGAGCAGCGCAGUCCCUCCCCGGCCUGUAUCGCCAUCGCGGAGAUGCUAGUCGACAUGGGGGCCAGCCCGGAAGCUCUUCGACUGCUGGUGCGUGCGGGGGCCAACAUUCUCGCUGACGAGGUGAACGAUCACGGUUGCGGCUUUCUACAUGCUGCAGCUGCUCGUGGUGCUUCUGGAGCCGUCAAGCUUCUCCUAGACAGCGGGUGUACCGGAAUGACGGACCUGGGCCUUGUCAUUGAGAUCCUCCUCCGCCAUGGUGCCAAGCAGACCCAGGCCGCGCUUGAGAUUGGCAUCAAACAUGGACUCGACCUACUCCCGCUCAAGCUCCUGGUUGAGCAUGGUGCGGAUGCUCGCCUUGUUGAGCCUUUCCUGGAGAAGCACGCCAACGCCCAUCACCUCGGAGGGGCCAAAGUCACGCUGCUUCACGAAAGCUCGAUGUACUGGCAAGAAGCAAGUGUUGGCGCCUUGAUAGAGCUCGGGGUGCUGGCCGACUCCUGUGAUGAAUACGGACGAGAGCCCCUGCACUGGGCUGUGGCCAGGUGUCUGGGGCACACGUAUCCGAGCGAAUGCCCUGAUGUCUGUCUCACGCGGACGGAGCUACCCGAGCAGUUUCUGACUGCCACGAUCACACAGCUUCUGCGGCACAAAGGCAACCCAAACAAGCAAGACCAGUUCGGGAGGACACCUGUUCAUUACGCCGCUCGCAGUAAACUCUACGGUGCAUUCGGUCUACUCCUGGAGCAUGGGGGCUCGGCAAGUCUGCAAAUCGCGGAUUCGAUCGGCCAGACCCCGCUGCACCACCUGACCACACCAGUCAUCGGCGACUGGAGACUUUUGUACGAGACCCUCAACGAAGAGCAUCUCGUCGGCAUGCUGUCCGCGUACCAGUACGAUGUCGACCAGAAGGACAGCUCCGGGAGUACCCCGCUGCACAUCGCCGCGAGGCAAGGCAGUCCCGUGCUCGUGGCGCUGGUGCUCGGCCUUGGUGCCGACCCCGGUGUGCGUGAUGCCCAUGGGCAGACAGCCUUACAUCACGCCGCCCUCAGACCAGCAUGGCAAGAUGCAGAAGAACUGAAUGACUGGUAA